AUGUACGGAUCACCGGCGACUUCUAGAGAUCUGAACCUGGCAUUUGAAGUGGCGUCUGACGAGAGCCAGAAGGAGGAGGAGGAGAAUCUCCGUCACCGACACCAGCAGAUGAGCUCCGGCCUCUCGCGGUACCGCUCCGCGACGGCGCUGAUCGGUGAAACGGGAGAAGACUUCUUCACUCUCCGGUCCUCCGCCACCGAGACGGAGGCGACGGCUGCCAGAUUCACGUCCCCUAAUCCGCGAGAGCAGAUCGGGGGAAAGUCGCCCACUACCUCUGGCGCUGCCAUCUCCACCGUGCAUCGCCGCCUCCACCUAAUGACUGCGACGGGGACUGAACACCGACAGAAAGCAGGAUCAUCCUCCUCUACAUCGCCGAUGAUGUACUACUCACUGCCGAGAGAUCAGCUUCUCCCCCAUCGCUCCACCUCCGUGGCGGAUCAGGAAAUCCGUCCGGAGAGUCUCAACAACUCCAAUCUAGUCCGCCAGAGCAGCUCCGCGACCGGGCUUUUCUCCGAACUAAGCCUAGAACAAGGUAUUGCGAUUUCAUUUUUUAUUUUUUUUUCAGGAGCUGGGAGGGAAUGGAAUUGAAUUCUCACAACCAAAUAUUGUCCUUCCCAGGUGAAGCUCUUAUGGGAGGGGUGCUCGAACAUUGGACCGGUUCCUCCGGCGAAGCAACUCCGACUGGUAGCAGAAGGUUGAAGAGCCGGACGAGCAUUCCGCCCCGGCAGUUUCCAUCUCUAGAUUUGAUGUCUCAUAUUUCGGAGCUUCCUGGCCUCCCCAUAUCCUCCUGGGAAGAUCCCUCUCUUCUCUCAGAUGGCUUCGUCGGUUCCCUGAGGAGAAUCAGAGAUCCACCAGAAGUUCAGGCACUCCCCAUAACUCACCUCUCUUAAGUGAUUGCUCUCAGGCCUCAUUUAGUCAUUUGAUCAGCAGAAUAGAGAAGCUGGGAUCCAUUUUAGCUUGUCGAAGACUUCGCCGGAGAUGGCGUCCCUACUCCAGUUCCAAGACGCGGUCCCCUGCAAGAUCAGAGCCAAGCGGGGAUGUGCAACUCACCCACGGAGCAUAGCUGAGAGGGUAACCUCCCUCACUCUUCUCUGUUCUUCCCCAUUGUUCGAGUCGUCUCUCUAGUUCAUGAAAUUAUACACAGCUCGUCUGCUUGUUAUAAUCUCCAACAUGUUAAGUUAAUUAUGAUGCCCGAUUGAUUUCUCUCUCUAAUCUCUGUGUGUCACUCUCAGAUAGAUUCGCUAUCUUCCAGAGUGAUCAUUCACGGAGACAAAUAUCUCAAUGUUUUCUUAUAGUUCAAAUCGAGUCCCUAUUGGAGCUUAAACUAUGUUUCACCACGACUUUAUCUUAUCCAUUGACUUUUCUAUCCUUCUAAUCCAAAAUUAACAUUAGUUCGCUAGAGAGGUUGUAUCUAUAUGAUUAGUAAGUUUUUGGUUUUAGUUAAUGUGAGAUUAUUAUAAAAAUUAUUAACCCAUGCUGCCAUAUUUGUUUUUGCUUUCAUCAAGGGGCAAUCACUAAAGUCAACACCUUCCUGGCAUAUCGAUGACCUGUGAUAACUAACAUAAUUUUUUAAUGAGUAAUAAAAAAUAUGUAUUUGGAAUAAUAAACCCACAUGGUCAAAUACUAUUUAUUGACUAUGAAUGGGACGGUCCAAUCGUUUUUGUUUGUCAUUAUUGCAUAUUCUAUGAGAAAUGGCAUCCACUUGAGUGAACAAGAUUAAACAUGUUAUUUAAAUGCGCAUGCCUACAUCAUUCAAUGCGAAUUAAUUUUAAAAUGGAUAACUUAUCGUUCUAUACCUUUGGCUUUUCCUGUAUUGGUUAAAACAUAAAAAAUGACAAGCCUUCCAUUUUAGGAGAGGAGGACACGGAUUAGUGAGAGGAUCAAGAAAUUGCAAGAGCUUGUUCCUAAUAUGGACAAGGUAGUCAAUAAUCCCCUUCAAAAAUUCAUAAACAUGCCAGCACUAGAUAAUGUUCUUAUAUGCACCUUGUGUUUCUAGCAAUUGAGCACUGCAGAGAUGCUUGAUAUGGCUUUGGACUACAUCAGAGAUCUUCAAGAACAAGUGAAGGUGCUACUCAACAACGUGUACCCAAACUCUCUUUCGAAUUCCCAUUACAUGGAUUAUGUUCUUCUAAUGAUCUAACAUUUUUUCUGCAAUGGGAUAUCGUAGAAGUUAUCUAAGAGCAAAGCGGAUUGCACCUGCCCAGACAAUGAUGGAGUAUGA